AUGACUUCAAACCCUUUCAAACUAGACAUCAUAGACAACGAAUUUUCACAACUACUUGAAGAUUUUACUUCUGUCGCUUUGGAUAAUACUACCUUAUAUAACGCUGCUACAACUGCGGCUCAACAAUUACAACAUUCUACUCCCUUCGAUAUGUCCCCUCUCCUAACUUCUACUCAGAAGGAGAGUGGGAACACCAGAGACUACAUUAACGAUAUUGUUUCUUCUUCUGCUUAUCCGCCGCCUGCUCAAGAUCCUCAAAGAGUCUUACGUCAAAUGAUGAGUUUAUGUAAACAUAUUUAUUCAAGGGGUUUGAUUGAAGGAAGUGGAAGUGAUGUUACCAUUAGAGCUUUUGAUAAAGAUUAUCAUUUACACAGAAUAAUUCUUUAUCAAAAUACUUAUUUUUCCGUUUUGUUGGAAGGUCCUUGGAAAGAAAAUGGUGCAAAAGCUAUAGAAUUACGUUUUGAUGAUAAAAAUAUCUCUCGUGAAGCUUUUGAAAUAGCUUUGGGUCGUUUAUACGGUAGAUUGGAUGAAAUCAUCUUACCUUCUCAAGUAUUAAGUCUUCUCGCUACCGCUUCUUUUCUUGACUUACAAGAUUUAUGCGAAAUGUGUGUCGAUGUUAUAUUAAGAGAUAUAAAAGAUGAUACCGUGGUUAAUUAUCUCACUUUUGCUACCACCCAUUUUUAUGGUUCUCAUUCUGAAAAGAUUACAGAAGCUUGUUUCACUUAUCUUUGUAGAGAAGGUUAUGAUAAUUUAACUCUUAAAUCCGCCUUUUUAUCUUUACCUGCUGAAUGGUUAAAGAGAGUCGUAGAAAGUGAUGCUUUUUGGGUUCCCGGUGAAUAUGAAAGAUAUUUAUUUGCUCGUGAUAUUGUUAGCAUGAGGAGGAAAAUUUUGGUUGAACGAAAAAGAAGAAGUGUUGUUACUUCCUUGUCAAAUCCUGAAAUUUCGGAUUUACAUAAUUUACCUUCUGAAAAUUCAAUUCCAAUUUCUCCAACAACACCUACUUCUCCAUCUGGAAAUAAACGAUUUAUGGAUAACUAUUCUUAUCAUACUAGGCGUUCUGCUUCUAUUAGUACCAUAAGUUCUGUAUGUUCUGCGACGUCUUCAGCUAUGCAAGUGGAGAGUGAUGAAUCUAUUUACAACGCUAUCUUUACCUAUGCAAUUUACUAUAGUCAUAUGACUUUUGAAGAAUUAAAUUCUAUAUUACAUGAUUGUGACCCUACAACUGGUGUCCCAUUCUCUCCCGAUUAUGUAAUAAAAGAUGCUUUAUGGCAGCAGAUUGAUCUUCGUAAUAAAAUCGAAAAUGCUACCGAAACUGAUGUCACUUUAGGAAUUUCUUCUUCUGAAAUAUUAACAAGUUCAACGGGUGUACAUUUCGAAAUUCCUUCUGAUGAUACUACUCAUAUAGGUGAAGCUCUUACUGGAUUGGAAGAUAUGAUUGGUGGUGGAACAAAAGCAAUGAAAGAUGGUGAAGAUCCUUCAUCACCUUGUAGUAAUAAUAGUAGUGCCUCUUCAUUGAUGAAUGUAUCUCCCCUAAACAAAAGCCCUACAUCUUCCCCCUCAGAUGAACGAUUUGCUUCUUCAACUCGUCAAUCUAUGUUAAUGAAGAAUGGUGAUAAGAGCUUUUCAAGAUAUGCCGAUAAAAGGAAAACCGUUAGGACUUGGUUUAAGAUAUUUUGUCCAUCAAGAGGUCCUAGUCACGUGUUGACUCAAUUUCAGAGUAGUCCAGAUAAUUUUGCUUUAAUGCAAAAUGACUAUCUCUUGGAUGUUCGUGAUUAUGACACUUCUGCUUCUGCUAUUUCAAAUUCUAGUUCAUCGACCCUAAAAUUUUCUGUGGUAAUGGGACAUGUGUGA